AUGGAAGAUCCCAACCCAGCCCAGCCCACAGUCACGCAAAUCGCGAACCCCCCAAACUCUGAAGAAGUUCUCGCUCCACAGCCUCCCCCGUCUUCUCUUCCUCCCAAGACCAAGAAGAGACCCCUUGACAAUGAUGCCCAUAUCUCCAACUCCAGCUACUUCAAGGUUCGCGCCGUCCUCAAGGAGAUUCGUCCUCAUUUUCUUGAGGUUCUCCGGACCCCUGACUUUCGAUUAUGCAAGGCGGCCAAUGACAUCCAAGAACAGGUGAAGCUUCUGAUGGAACUAUACAAACAGAUGACAGCAGAAGCAGUUUCCACAGCAAGAUGUAAGAAUGUGCCAGAAGGCCAGCCUUUAUCAGGUGAAAAGUCCCAAGAUACUAGAGCUUCUGGAAAACCAUCAGAAAACAAAUUUCCGUCAGGUAUAUCCAGCGAGAAGGCUGAAGAUGGUCAAAUUCAAGGGACAUAUGUUGUUGGAGGUUCAGCUUUUGGCUGGAAUUUCAUCACCUUUUUAGGCAGUGAACCAGUCUACUGUGGGAUAACAAAGGAGUCAUUUCGAGCUAAUGGGAGCAAAGUAACAGUUCCAUAA